UUCUUUAUUAUAAGCACAACACACCCGAAGAUUGUGCACACACGAUACGUGGAGUUAGCAGAAAGAUCAUCUGAAAAACGCCAUUUUGGCCGGUUUUUCACUCAACAAUGGCGAGAAAUUUGUGCCUAGUGUUGAUCUGUUUAACAGCAGUGUGUUCUGUAUCGAUAGCAGCAUAUGUGGAGGCUGUUGCUGGCGUAUUUGACAUCUCCAGAGGACACGUCCUUCCCCAGGUCGCCUUAAGAUGUGGUUUCCUGAACAAGUACACAGAUCUCAGGACAGGAGAAUGGUUGAACGGUGACGUUCCUUCUCCUUGUGACAUCUCUAAGAAUGACAUCUUGGACUACUGCAGACAGGUUUACAGUGACCUGGAUGUAAACAACAUUGAGGACUCUAACGAAGACAGGGAGAUCAGGAGCUGGUGUCCAAUGGACGCCCCAGACAUCCCUGAUGGAUGCGUUGAGACAUUCACCAUCCCAACAUACACCUGUCUCGUUGGUGAUUUUGAGAGCAAAGCUCUGAUGGUCCCAAAAGACUGCGACUUUGAGCAUAUUCACGACAGUGAGACGUGCAAGCCCAAGAGUGAGCUACACAGCCAGGCCGAGAAGCAGUGCGCAACAGCCGGGAAGACAGUCCGUGACUUUGGGAUGCUCCUGCCGUGCCAGGAUGAAGUAGACCUCUUCACCGGGGUAGAGUUUGUCUGCUGCCCAAAGCAGAACACCACCCCUAAAAAAGUUGGCAAGCCUGACAUCCCAAAAGAAACUGCCCCAGUACCUCCUAAGGUACCAGAGCCAGAAGCACCCCAACCGGAGGUAGAACCCGCCGAGCCCGCAACGGAGCCUGAACCCAUCACAGCUAAGCCCCUCCCUGAGGACCCGUACUUCAAGGAGUCUUUUGAUGAAGAUGAGGAACACGAAGCCUUCUUGAUGGCCAAGCAGAGGAUGGAUGCUAAGGAGGAGGACAAGAGAUCUCAGGUGAUGCAGCAAUGGGAAGAAGCCCAAUCUCAGUAUGAAGCACUCAGGAAGUCUGACCCUAAGAGUGCAGAAGCAAUGAAGAAAGGCAUGAUGGAGCGUUUUGAUAACACGAUGGCUGAUUUGGAGAUUACUGCCCAGAGUGAGCUUGACCAGCUGCGUGCCGUUCAUCAACAACGCGUCGGAUCAGCGCUCCGAGAACAAAGGACACGAGCCGAACGACUCUUCACCGAGGCGCUCAGAGAUGAGCCCCCUAAGACCAAAAAAAUACUGCACCUCUUUCAAAAGUUCCUGAAGUCUACUCAGAGAGACAGACAGCACCACAUGAAUAUCUACAAGCACCUCAUGACCAUUGAUCCCGCCCGCGCCCAGCAGCAACGACGUCAGACCGUGGAACGACUGCACGAUAUUGACUCCAGUGUACAGAGCUGCUUCGAUAUGAUCACCAAGAUGGGGGAUGUUUACAGCGAGAUCAAGAGUAGAGUCGAUACCCUUCUCAACUCCAGCCAGUCACCCGAAGACGUCGCCUUCUUGAAGUCCCUGGAAAUCGCCCUGAGGAUGGAAACCCCAAAAGAGAAAGAAGUCGUUGAAGAACCAGAAGAACCCGAAGAAUCCGAGAUGGAGACCAGUGAAGAGGAAGUAGUGGAUGCUCCGACACCAGCACCUCCAAAGAAGCCUGCUGUGGUACCCAAGAAGGCUCCAGGGAAGCCAAGCAAGCUCCCCAAGGCACCCAUCGUGGCUAAAAUUCUCCCUCCCAAGGGUAAAGCCCCCUCCGGACGCAAGGUUCCACAAGUACCUGAUUUCCCAAUGAUUGUUGCAAAGAUCACACCAGAGGAACCCGAGGUGGUCGUUGCAGUAAAAGGUGAAGCCCUCCCAAUGGUCAAGAUAGUGAAUGCUGAGACGCCAGUGGACAAAGCUACCGGGGAGCAACCGGCAGCCUUAGUUGAAGAAGAGAUCUCUUCUGCCGCACACAUCCCCAUCAUUGCAGUGAAACCACUCGACCACUACCUCGACAUCGAGAACGAGAACGAAGAUGAUGUCGCUGUUCUAGAGGACACCGAGGAGCCUGCCACCUCGGCUAAAGCCCUCAAACCGAUCUUAGUCGCCAAGAAACAACCUCAGAAAUCACAGAAAGCUGCCGCUAGUAGAGUGGAUAAGUCACCAGAGUUCAGACCUCAGGCCAGUAGCAGAAUCGAUAACUCUGUCACUCAGAAAUCCAUCAAAUAUGGGGCGACUCCAGCUCUGGCGUUUGGCCUUGCCUGUGGAGUCCUCGCUGUAGCGACUGUUAUGGUCGUCGCCGUCGUGCUUGUCCGUAGGAAGACAAGACGGGUACCAGUUAACCACGGAUUCACCGAGAUCGACCCUAACAUGACAGUGGAGCAAAGACACAUCGCCGCCAUGCAAGCCAACGGUUAUGAGAACCCAACAUAUAAGUACUUUGAAAUGCAGUAAGAACUCAGUUGGACAUCGGCAGAGAAAAAAAAAAUCAGCUUUUUAAAUUGUAAAAUCUUUUUUUUUUAUUAUAAAUAUAUAUUCUUAUGUUGGACAGGUAAAAUUUGUUUGGUAACAUUUUUUUUUUAGAUUAUUGAUUUGACUCAAAUUGUUUUAGCAGAGAAAAGUUACAGCUCAUGUAUAACUCAUAUCGAACGCAAUUUGUGACUCCUUUAUUUUACCCACACCAAUUUAGUCGAGCACAUUUGGAGAACGACGUCGUAACAGUGAAGUCGACACAAGUUUGUAGCGCAGUACAUGUUUUGGUGAACUAUUUACCAAAUCAAAGUAAUUUAUCGCUUUGUACAUUGGAGCAUCGCUUCUGACUUUUCCGUUUUUGAAAAAGAAAAAAAAAGAAAACCACAAAAAAAAAGUUUAAGACCUAGUGAAAAAAAAA